AAAUUUUCAAUAUCCAAAUAUGCAUUGGAUAUUGAAAUCUUGUAUCUAUCAUUAUUCAAGUCAAGUACAAGCAUAAGCAAACACCUAACCCAUAACUACCCAUGUACGCCCCUUUUUGGGACCAGUCGAUUUUCAGGUCUAAAAUUUUGGGUCCCUAAUACUGAUCCAAAUGUAACGAAAGGGAUCAAGGUCCGUGGGCCUCAUUGGUCGGUAAAAGCCCAUAAAUUAAUUGAGACGACAUCGUUCAAGAAAUUUGCUACCACCGCCUUCUUUUCCUCCUAAAUCCCUAGCUACAAACAUCUUCCGGCACCCUCGCGCGCGCCCAAACCAUAUGGCAACCGGCGCGAUUCAGAAUCAGACCCAGCAGCCGAAGAUCCGGUGGGGUGAGCUUGACGAGGACGAUGGGGAGGAUCUUGACUUUCUCCUGCCGCCUCGUCAGGUAAUAGGACCGGAUGAGAACGGGAUCAAAAAGGUGAUGGAGUACAAGUUCAACGAUGAGGGAAAUAAGGUCAAGAUUACCACUACGACCCAGGUUAGGAAGCUCGCAAACGCCCGCCUUAGCAAACGGGCCAUCGAGCGCCGCUCGUGGCCCAAGUUCGGUGAUGCUGUCCGCGAGGAUGUUGGCAGCCGCCUUACCAUGGUCUCCACAGAAGAGAUCCUACUGGAGCGUCCCAGAGCCCCCGGUAGCAAACCAGAAGAAACUAAGGUUGCAGGAGAUUCCUUAGCUCAACUCGGGAAAGGAGGUGCAGUGCUCAUGGUGUGCAGGACUUGUGGUAAGAAGGGUGAUCACUGGACAUCAAGGUGCCCUUACAAGGACCUUGCUCCUGUGGCUGAAGGAUUUAUUGACAAGCCUGCGGCAUCUGAAACCGCUGCUGCUGCUGCUGCCCCUGGCUCAGGCAAGAGUACAUAUGUUCCUCCAGGCAUGAGAGCCGGGGCUGAGAGGAGUGGAACCGAUAUGAGACGCCGGAAUGAUGAGAAUUCUGUCCGUGUGACCAACCUCUCUGAGGAUACCAGGGAACCUGAUUUGCUUGAGCUUUUCCGGCCAUUUGGUGCUGUAAGCCGAGUUUAUGUUGCCAUUGACCAAAAGACUGGCAUGAGCAGAGGUUUUGGUUUUGUUAACUUUGUUAACAAGGAAGACGCCCAGAGAGCCAUCAAUAAACUGAAUGGCUAUGGCUAUGACAAUCUCAUCCUCAGGGUUGAAUGGGCCACACCAAGGACAAACUAGGUUUUUCCUUUGAUUACUAGAUCUUAGAACAGAGAGGGGAAAAAGAAAGUUUACUGGUUCCUAGCCUGGGUUUAUUAAAAGAUGUUCAUCAAUCUGGGUUUGAUGCAACAUCUCUGCAAUUCUCCCUCUCCCCCCCUUUUUUUUAUUUUUUUAGUAUUUACCAUACUAUCUUAGACAACGUGGCUUUUUUCAUUGUUAAGGUUUAUGUUUCUUACCGUUUGAAAUUACUUGUAUUUUUUCCUUCCUCUAUAUUUGUUUAACAAAUUGAGAUAGAAAUU